CCCCCGCGGCUCACUUGUCUUCCUCUCAGUGCAUUGUGGGCCAUCGCCGCUGCUCCGUCUGCCAAGUCCACCAAGAUGUUCAGCCGGGCGACUCUUCUCGUGCCUCAACAUGGGCAGCAGCAGGUACGAGGGAUGGCCACCCUCAAGGCCAUCGCAAUGCGUCUCAAGUCUGUCAAGAACAUCCAGAAGAUCACACAGUCCAUGAAGAUGGUGUCAGCGGCCAAGUACGCCCGAGCUGAGAGAGAACUGAAGCCUGCCCGCCCCUAUGGUGCAGGAGCUGCUGCCUUCUAUGACAAGGCUGAGGUCAAGGCCUUGGAAGACAAGCCACAGCAGGUGAUUGUGGCCUGCAGCAGUGACAGAGGUCUGUGCGGUGCCAUCCACUCCAGUAUCUGCAAGCACAUCAAGGCAGAGUUGGCAGGCGAUGCAUCCAAGGCAGCCAUCAUCUGCGUAGGAGACAAGUCACGAGCCCAGCUUCAGAGGACACUUGCUGGCAGCAUUAUUGCACAAGUGGGAGAGGUCGGCCGUAAGCCAGCAACCUUUGAAGAUGCUGGUAGAAUCAUGACCUUUAUCCUGAACUCUGGCUACGAGUUCGGCUCUGGCAAGAUUGUGUACAACAAGUUCAAGACUGUGGUUUCCUACGACACCCUAGAAAUGCCUUUCUACCCUUCGGAUGCCAUCAGCGCUGGUGAGAAGAUUGCUCUCUACGACUCCCUGGAUGCUGAUGUUGUCCAGUCUUACAUGGAGUACUCUCUGGCUUCCCUCAUGUUCUACACACUUAAGGAAGGAGCAUGCUCUGAGCAGUCUUCCAGAAUGACUGCCAUGGAUGCCGCCAGCAAGAAUGCCGGCGAGAUGAUUGACAAGCUGACUCUGACCUACAACCGCACCCGACAGGCUGUGAUUACCGGAGAGUUGAUUGAGAUCAUCUCUGGUGCUGCUGCUGUCUAAAUUUAUUUUUUUAAAUAAAGAACAAUAACUAAAGACAUAAUUGCUAUUGUCUGGAUCAGGGGAAGUAGUGGUCUUAAUAAUUGGCAGUCGGUCUAAUUUUGCACAGAAUUCUGGAAUUUUGAAACCUUGGAAUCUUGUCUUUGAGAAUAUCCCUAAUGUCUAUCAAUGACAAAACUCAUACUGCCAUUUGUAGUAAUGUGUAUAUAGCCCAGUGUUUAUUUUUCUUUUUUAGUCAUUGAAUUAAAAAAUUAACAUGUGUGCCAGCAAGACAGGUGGUGGUGUUGGCAUUGUAUGGCACUGGAGCCUAAACGUCUCAGCCCAAAUAUGUAGUGUGAUUAGAGGGUAAUGCAUUAUUCUUUAAUAUACACAGACUUUGGUGAUAUAUAAUUCUGACAGCCACAAACUGGAUUGUAGAGGAUGAAGAGGAAUGUGUAUCAUCAGAUACCAUGUCAGUUUUGGAUAAAUAAAAGAUUUAUUCAAGUAA